AGGGGAAUUGAAGAAGAAACACUUGUGCAAACCAUCUCCAAUUCUCCAUGUCCAUGACAUGACCAUUAUUAGCCUUCCACGCAACAUAGAGAGCUACUAAUUGACUCCUAACCCGUAACCGCUCGAGGAUAAACACCAUUUGGUCACACGCUUGUCGUGCGUGCAGGGAGAAGAGAACGCAGACGACGCCUGCCAUGACCACCACCACUAGCGCUAGCGCUAAAUGCCACUGCUAACCUCCCCUACUUGAGCGCCAACCACCGUCUAUUCUUCGUCUUCGUCUUCGUCUUCUCAUCACGCCAAGAAACACACAGAGGCAGAAAGCGAAGCCGAUCCAUAUCGAUUGGUCGCGGCCAGUGUCUUUGCGUGCGCGCCAAGGAGUUCGAUCGGCAUGGGGCAGGAGGAGGAAGCCGUGCUGGUGCCGGCGGCAGCCGUGGUCUUCUCAUGGGAGCCGGUGGUCAAGGCGACGGCGGCCGCGGAAGCGGGAGCGCGCCGCGACGUGCCGCCGGGGAGCCCGAAGAAGGCGCCACAGCAACCACCAGCGCGGCUGCUCUCCGUGCCGCCGCCGCCGGGGCGGGCGCCGGCGCCGGCGCCCGCGCUGGCGACGAGGAGCUUGUCGUCGAGAGCGCGCGCCGUCCGGCCGGAGGACGACCCGUUCCUGGCCGCGUACCUGGCGUGCACCAAGAGCAGCGGCAGGAGGGGCGGGAAGGACGGCGGCGGCGCGGCGAGGGGGGAGGCCAAGGGCCGGCGGCGGUUCACGUGGUCCGGCCUUGGGCUCUCCUGCAAGAGCUCCACCGGAGCCGUGGAGCAGAGCAUGGUGAAGGUGGCCAAACGGCCGGAGCCGGAUCCUACUAGAGAUGCUUAAUCCAUCGACCGGCCAGUUCAUCCAUCGCCUCUUCUUCGUAGUCACUUGCUACUUUUGUUGGUCAAGUGUGAAGCUUGAAUUAGCGAGGCUUUUAUGUGUGUGAGUGAGGGAAGAAUCAUUUGUGAAAAAGAUACAUAUUUGCAAUCUGAUCUCUUCCUGUUAGUUUCAGAUUAUACGAGUUGGAUCAUGCCUGUUAUGUGAGAAGAUGUCUCCUUUUCUUUUGUCA